AUGACAUUGUCUACCACCUUCAUCCUCUGCCUACAAGUUGGAGUGCUCCUGGGGUGCGGGUGCUUUCUGAAGAACAUCACCUUCCAUGUCAACAUGCGUGAAUGUGGGCACUGCAUGGCCCUCAACACCACUAUCUGCAGCGGCCUCUGCUAUACCCAGGACACAAACCUGAAGGAUUUCGUGGGCAAGCGCUUCUUGAUCCAGAGGGUCUGCAUGCACAGCUCUGUGGUGUACCACACGGCCAAGAUGCCAGGCUGCCCCGUGGACAUCAACCCUGUGUUCUCCUACCCCGUGGCCAGGCACUGCCGCUGUGCCAAAUGCAACACCAAAAGAAUUGAGUGUGUCCACAAGGCCAGAAGAAACACUAAUAGCUGCUCAAAGCGCUUGCCGUCGGUCUGA